AUGGAUAUCCUCAAAGUGCUCUCGCGGGGCACGAAAAAGAGCGGCAAAUCGUCGCUCGCAGGCGGCAGCGCCGUGGGCAAACUGCCCUCCUCCGGGACAAAGCCCAACCCCCAGCUCUUCCACGACGAGGUCCGCGGCCACAAGCGGAAGCGCGACGCCCAGGAGUCCGAGGGCAGCGGCAAGAUCCCCGAAGAGCUGCCCGAGGUCGACUUCUUUGCGCCCAAGAAGGAUGCCGCUGCCGAGGCGAGGCCUAACAAGGCCGCACUAUCGAACAAGAACAAGGACAAGCGAGACUCGAGUCCGGCGGCGGAAGCGGCCAGGCUACUGAGCCCGGAGGAGUGUCGCCAGCUGCUGCGGUCGCAUCGCCUCAAGGUCACGCUGCUGUACAAGCGCGAGGAGCAGAACAAGGUGAAGAAGUCGAAGAAGAAGAAGGCCGCCGCUGCCGCCGUCGUCGAGACCAAAAAGGACCACAAGAAGCCGCCGCAGCUGACGCCGCAGCCGCUCGAGUCGUUUGGCCAGCUGCGGAGCACGUACAGUCUGUCUCGCAGGGUGGCCGAGAACCUGUCGUACCAGGGCUAUCGGGUGCCGACGGAGGUGCAGAUGGGGAGCAUGCCGUUGCUGAUUCGGCCCGAGCUGGCGCUGAAGGGGGAGGAAGGGCUGGAGAGGGGGGUGGAUCUGCUGGCGGUUGCGCCGACGGGGAGUGGAAAGACGAUUAGCUUCUUGGUUCCGACGAUUAACAACAUAAUGAGGCGGAGGGCGGAGGAGAAGCUGCAUGGGAUUCACGAGCUGGAGGCCAUCGUUAUUGUGCCGACUCGAGAGCUGGCCUAUCAGAUUGUCAGCGUUGGCAACCAGCUGGUCAAGGGAACGGGCAUCAAGGUGCUCGGCAUGAGGAAGGGAAUGACCCUUGCUGCCGAGAGCCAAGAUAUUGGAGAAGACAGCUCGGACGAGGAGGAGGAAGAGAAAGCGGAAGAGUCUGACGAAGAGGAAGACGAACAGGAGGAAAAGGACGGAAAGCCAAAAGCGGUGGCAAAGGUCGACAUCUUGAUAACGACGCCUCUUCUCUUACUCAACUUUUUAACAUCCGGAUCAACAAGCACGCAAAAGGUCUUGCCCACCGUCCGCGAUCUCAUACUGGACGAAGCCGAUGUGCUUCUCGACCCCCUGUUCCGCGAACAAACGCUCGGCAUCUGGUCCGCCUGCAGCAACCCAGACCUGAGGCUCUCGUUCUGGUCCGCGACGAUGGGCUCCAACAUCGAGACUCUCGUUACCGAAAGGCUGACCUCGCGGGCCGAGUCCCUGGGCAUCCCCCAAAGGCCGCUGGUGCGGUUGGUCGUCGGCCUCAAGGACACGGCCGUGCCAAACAUUGUCCACCGACUGAUUUACACCGCGAGCGAGCAAGGAAAGCUGCUUGCCCUGCGGCAGCUCUUGCGGCCCACCUCGAGCAUCGACUCGGGUCCGCCACUGCGGCCGCCGUUCCUCGUCUUUACGCAGACGAUCGAGAGAGCCGCUGCCCUGCAAGAGGAGCUCAAGUACGAUAUCCCGCUCGAGGCCGGUGGCUCGUCCAGGAUAGCUGCUCUUCACAGCGGCCUUCCCGACGCAGCCCGAGCAGCCAUCAUGCGCAAGUUUCGCGCGGGAGAGAUUUGGGUUCUCAUCACGACUGACGUCCUCGCCCGCGGCGUGGACUUUGCCGGCGUCAAUGGAGUCUUGAACUACGACGUGCCUGGAUCGAGCGCUGCGUACGUGCACCGCGCUGGAAGAACGGGGCGAGCUGGCCGAGAGGGCGGCAUAGCGGUCACCUUCUACACCAAGGAGGACAUACCCUUUGUCAAGACCGUUGCCAACGUCAUCGCCGCGAGCGAAAGGCAGGCCGGCAAGACGGAGGACGAGGCCGGGGUGCAGAAGUGGCUGCUCGAUGCCCUGCCGAACGUGGGCAAGGAGGACAGGAAGAAGCUCAAGGAGAGGGGCGUCGAGUCGAGGCGGAGCGGACACAAGGCUGUGAUUACGUCCAGGAGCGGGUACGAGCGGCGGAAGGAGCAUAAUCGGAAGGGGGCUAUCGAGGGGAGCAAGAAGAGGAAGAUGGAGGCUGUUGGGGGUGGUGGUGGUGGUGGGGAUGAUGGCGAGGAUGGUGGUCGUAAGGAGGGUGAAUGGGGUGGCUUUGACGAUUAA